GCUCCAUCGACCCAGCAGUGUGUGCUACCAUACAAACCACCAGAGAAACCACAGAGGUUCUCGAUCCGACUCCAAGGCCGGCAUAUCUGAGACGAUCGACUAAAGCAAAUGGCGGCGUCUACGGUGCUGGUGCUCGCCCUGGCCGUCCUCCUCCUCCCGGCAUCGUCGUCCGCUGCGCGCGCACCACCGGGCUCGAGCCCGCUGGUGGCCACGUGCAAGGAGGGCCCCUUCCAGGCGCACUGCGUCAAGGAGCUGGGCCCGCGCCUCCUCGACAUCCAGACGGCGCUCGCUUCCGUGUCCCCACGAGGCGCGCUCAUCGCCGGCGUGCCCGGGACGGUGGACUUCUCCUCCCUGGUCGCCGUGGCCAUGGAGGCAGCGACCGAGGCCGGGGCCGUAGCCACCACCAUCUUCGACGGCAAGCUCCCCGGGUUCAACGCCUCCGUGCCCGACUUCAAGAAGUGCCUCGACAACUGCACCGUCACCAUGAAGUCCGCCAUGAAGAAGCUCCACGGCGCCACCGCCGCCAUGAAGGUCCACGCCCACCAGGUCGCCACGAUGCUGGCGAACAAGGCCAUCGUCGACGUCGGGUCCUGCACGAUGAGCUGCCACAACCUCACCGGUGACAUGAGGCUCAUCCUCGAGGCCAGCCUCGUCGAGUUCCAGAAGAUGCUCAGGAUCGCCGUCACCUUCAUCAGCAAGCUCGCGGCCAAGACCCCGCCCGGUCCUCCUCCAAUGCGCGGCAUUCCCCCGGCGCGCCGACCCUGAUCGAUCGAGACACGUACGCCCGCGCGGUGCUGGCGUGCUGCGAUCGAACGACUCAAUAACGUGGGAUUCCUAAGGCAGAGCGGAACGAGGUCGAUCUCCCGAUUGAUCCUCAUUUUGAUUUUUCCUAGUUUUUUUUCGUGUUUUGUUCUCGUCGUUCUUAUGGUACAGCUCGCGAGAAAUUUUAACUGUAGUAGUUCAGAUGUUUAAUAGAAAUAAAAUGGAAUCUCAUUCGUUGGUUUA